AUGUCAAGCAUAUUAACUAAAAUCAUAUCAAAUUGGAUGCCCUCCUUCGAUACCUCCAUAGAUAGAAAUCUAAGCAACUAUUUGGCAUCUAAAUAUUCAUUCCUUUGUUUUCUAUUCUUUUUACUAUGGUUCUUAAUUCUCCUACCUAUUUUUAAUUAUCUAUCUUCAAACAAUAUACAUUUCUUUAAAAUUUACCACACUUUCAGAAGAUUUGUCAAAAAUAAUUGUUCUAGACUGCAUCACUCCUCAUUAUACCAUAAUAGAUCAUUUAAACUGUGUUUUACUAUCUGCUUCAUCAUUUUUUUCUGUUCUCUGUACAAUACUCAAUCAGAUCUUUUACAAAUAGCUAAACGGCUAGGUAGAAUCCCCGCUUUGCUACUCCCCAUCACUCUCUUUAUGACUUUGAAACCCUCCCCUUUACCCAAUAGCCUCUAUCUCAACUUGCUUCCCUUCCAUAAAUGGCUUUCUAGAUCCUUGGUUUUCUUUUCUUUACUACAUUCAAUCCUAUACUUCGUCUACUUUGUUAAAUACCAUGUUUGGAAACAGAGGUUGCUCAGACUAGACAACUUUUUAGGUAUUCUCGCACUAGCCCUCCUUUUCAUAAUCGCUUUGUCCUCCUUGCCCUCCAUUAGAAGGCUUCACUACAGAUUCUUCUACAUCCUACACUACAUUUCUACAUGGCCCCUUCUUAUAACUCUUCAUAUUCAUUCAAGGUAUAAAAUAACUAAAUACACUUUUUUGUGUCUAGCCAUACUGCUUUACCAGAUCGGCUACAGGUGCCUUCACACAUCCACGAUCAAACCUAGCAUAACUAACAUCUCACCAAACUUGACUCUCUUAGAGUUCCCAAUGUCUCAACUGGCAAAACAACCGGUUCUACCGGCUUCUCAUAUUAGAUUGGUUUUGAAAUCCAAAAAUAUCUUCAAAAGAAUCUUCUACCUUAUAGUUCCGCUGACACACCCUUUCACUUUACUGAACUUGCCUGGCCAGAAUACAGCCCGGCUGCUAAUAAGAACCGGUAACUUCCCACUUCUAGCAAACCACGAAUACUACGUCACCGGAGUCUACGAGCCUGUAAUAAAUUUCAUUUCCACAACAAAGAACUAUGGGAUGCCCACAAGGUUCCCAUUAUUCUCCCACAGCAGUGAAAACUCGAUAAGGAAUCCAUUCCAAGUCAGUUCAGCACAUUUGAGGUCCUCUUCACUGCAUUUCUUCGUGGAUGCAAGAAGAGUGUUGAUUUUUGUUGGUGGAUCUGCCAUAUCUUUUGGGUUGCCACUUCUUAGCGUAUUGAAUUUUAAUGGGGUUAUGGUGAGAUUGGUUUGGUGUGUCAGAGACUAUAGAGAUGUGAAAAUACUGAAUUAUUUGAAGAUUCACUAUUAUCAGGGGCUAGAAAUCUUCAUUAGUGGGAAGAGUCAAAGUUCGAACAACAAUAAUAACAACAAUAACAAUGAUGAUGAUAAUGGUGGUGAUGAUGAUAUCAAGAUUGAUUAUUACGAUUAUGAUCAUUCUUGCUCCACUCGGGCAGAUUCACAGACUUCUUUGUUACAUGAACGUAAUAAUAGACUGAAAUAUACAGUAGAUUCCAUCAGUGAAGAUGAAAUUGAUUUUACUGGAGCUGAUUUGAAUUCACCUUUGAUUAAGAUAUUGGACUCCAAAAAUUCCAGUAAAAAUAUGUUCAGGAAACUACAAGUUAUAGAACCUCCUACAAAUAUGAAUACUAACUGUGUUAAUCUAAAUUCUGAUCCUAAUCACCUUUGUACCGAGGCUAGAAGUGAGGAAAAUGACGAAGAAAGGAUUAAAUUGCCUUCGUUUGUUAAAGUAUCGUAUGGUAGACCUAAAUUGGAUGAUUCUUAUUAUGAAUGGUGUUUACAAAGAGAAUGUAACUCAACAGGGAAUCUAUCUCAAAACACUCAUAAUACUAACAGUACUAAUCAUACCCAUAGCCAUAAUUUUAAUAGUGACACCACUGCUGUUUCCUGUGUUGACAACCAGUGUUUGGAGAGUGAUCUAGGUGAUAAAGACGAAGAAAUUCUGUCUAACGUUUGGGUUGUUGCUGUUGGUCCAACAGGAUUGGUUAAAACUACGAGAAGUUGGGCUAAUGAUUGUGGGUUAAGAUUUCAUGGAGAAGAAUUUACUUUAUAG